AAAGGAUACGAUUGGGUUUUGCAAUUAGAUGUAAUCUAAAUUCCCGCUCAAGAGUUGAAGAGAUUGCGUUGCGUCUCGUCAUCAACAAACGCGGAAGCAUGCAGCUCCUUCAAUCCCGCUUGAUAAAGUCUCUAUCAAUUUCUUCUUCACCGGCCGCCUCCACAAUCCAAGAAAUUGCUUCUGCUUGCCCCAAAGGUUUGGCUAAGGUUGUGCUGAAGAAGGGGAAGGCGCAGCUUUUCAAAGAUGGGAGUCCAAUGGUGUACAGUGGAGCUGUUGAUAGAAUAAUUGGAAGGCCACCACCAAAAACUGGAGAUGUUGUCCUGGUAGCUGAUGGGACUGAAAAACCUAUAGGAUGGGGUCUGUAUAAUUCAGUUUCUAUGUUCUCUGUUAGAUUGAUGCAGUUGGAAGAAGAGGCAGCUAGAGACCCUUCCUGCACAUUAAAUGUUGAGAAGAUGAUUGAAACGAGGGUACAUACUGCUAGAGAAUUACGAAAGAACUUGGGGCUUCCGUCAGCUAGUACUAAUGCUUAUCGUCUUGUUAAUAGUGAAGGAGACAGAUUGUCAGGACUGAUUAUCGAUGUCUUUGGAGAUUUAGCAGUGGUAGCAUCAUCUGCUGCUUGGGUGGAGAAGUACAAAGCUGAAAUAGAGGAUUGUGUCCGUGGAAUUGAAGAAAUCAACCAUGUGAAAUGGAGACCAUCGGUGGACAUUCUGAAAGAAGAAGGUAUAGAUGUGUCUGAAUUGAAGGAUACAAGUCCGUCUACUUGUCCUGAAAGAACAAAGGUGAUGGAGAAUGACAUUUUUUAUGCCAUCUCACUUGAAGGCCAGAAAACAGGUUUUUAUGCUGAUCAGCGUGAAAAUCGUCAUUUUAUCUCAACAAUUUCGGAGGGUCAGAAAGUUCUUGAUCUCUGCUGCUAUAGUGGUGGGUUUUCUCUAAAUGCAUUACGUGGUGGAGCUAUUAAUGUCACUGGUAUUGAUUCGUCAUUGCCUGCACUGGAGCUAGCAAAAGAAAAUGUGGUCCUUAAUAGCAUGGAUCCGGAAAGAAUAUCAUUUCUGAAAGCGGAUGCCACAGCAUUCAUGAAGGAUGCCCUAUCUAGGAAUGAAUCUUGGGAUGUAGUCAUUUUGGAUCCUCCUAAACUAGCACCACGGAAAAAGGUUUUGCAAACUGCAUCAGGUAUGUACAGGAAUUUAAAUUCAUUGGCAAUGCAGCUCACAAGAAAAGGUGGUUUUCUCAUGACUUGUUCGUGUUCUGGAGCAAUGACACAAAGUGGGAUGUUCUUGCAAAUACUUCAGGGUGCAGCAUCAACGGCUAAAAAGAAAAUUACGGUUCUACGACAAGCAGGAGCAGCAUGUGAUCACCCAAUCGACCCUACUUAUCCAGAGGGUGCUUAUCUUUCUAACAUUCUUCUACGAGUGCUAUGAACUUUAGAGCUCUCUGCCCCCCCAACUUAUUGCAGUUAUCGAAGUAGUUAUUGAUCAGAAUUCAGAAGAGACAAGCUAUUAACAUAAUGAGAUACUGCAUUUGAAGUUACACUAUAA